AUGGAUUCUACAACUUCAACUUCCAAGAAACGUCGAAUAAUGAUCAUCACUGCAGAUGAAAGUGUCAUCGAACAAAUUCAAAACAAUACCAACGCUUCGUUGAUCAAAUCGAUUGUUUUGGAUGGUAAUGGUGAUAAUGUAGAAGUUUCUCAAUCAAAUAUUAGAACGAUACAAGCGGAAGCGCAGUCAUUGUCGGUCAAGAAGCAAAAGACUGGUACAUUAACGUGUGUUGUUUGUAGUUCACCGGCUAAUGGGUAUAAUUUUGAUGCAAUAACCUGCGAGAGUUGCAAAGCUUUUUUCCGUCGAAAUGCACUUAAAGAUUCCGUAGAACUGGAAUGCCGCCGUGGCAAUAAUUGUGAUAUUACCAUCGACUCUCGACGACGUUGUGGAGCAUGCCGUCUAGCAAAAUGUUUAAAAAGUGGAAUGAACCGUGAUCGACUUUUAACGGCGGAACAGAAAGCGGUGAAAAUGCGUAAAAUUGAAGAGAACCGGAAUCUUACUACUCUGACACAUUCCGAAUCGCGUGAAGAUAAUCAAGACAAGGACGAGAAACCGAUAAUAACAGUGGUUCACAGUGAUGCACCUUCGCCAAAGAGCACGAACUUACUUCUAGUCAAAGACGUAGCCGAUCUUUUACCGAACGAACCACCAUCGGAGCAACAGGGAUUACUUAGCUGGAAAGACUUACAACGCGUCGAAACGAUUAAACUGUCUUACGAGCAACGUAUUGAACUCGCAGCUCGCGAAGGUCUGCCAUGGAAUCCGACUGUACAUGCGACUACACUUCUCGAUCAUAUCAAUUCCCACUCAGUGACAGCUCUGAGACUUCUAUCAUUCUUCAAGCAAAUUCCGGAAUUCAAUGAUUUGAAUGUUCACGAUCGUGUUACCUUAAUCAAGUAUAACCUAAUGCCACUUACUAUUUUAAACUGCACUCUUUCCUAUGAUGUCAAAACGGAAACUAUCCAAGAAGCGAAAUCCGAUGCUCCGUGGGACUCGUCUAUUUUACUUACAGUUCAUGGUGACGAAUUUUACCAACGAGUGAAGAAAAUCUUCGAGUCAUUCAGUCGUAUCGCAAAAUACGAUCAACGGAUAAUUCAACUAGCAUUGAUUGCGCUUAUUUUAACCAAAGGUUUCUCUGCAAACAGUAAUGUUUCCGAACCUAUUCUAAAUGACGGGUUAGCUGUUUAUCGCGCACAAAACUACUAUACAGAACUACUAUGGAAGUAUCUGGAAACAGUUCACGGGUACGGAAGGGCUAUUCAUAUCUUUAAUGAGUUAGUGGCACACUUCAUGUCCUGGCAAGCGCUUCAAAAUUAUCUAACUCGUAGUUUACCGAAAAUGUUAACUCCCGCCGAAAUGAAUGACUUACUACCCAUAAUGAAAUCAUUGAUAAAUAUUCAUUAG